GCUCUUAACCGUCAUCAUCUGCUGCACAAUCAUGCUCACCACCAUACCUUCUGGGUCGGACGAGGAAAAUGUUCCAGUGCCCUCCAAAGCACCCUCCUCCAAGCACACAUCUAUCGGGACUACUCAGCGGCGAGUUGUGGACGAACUGGUCAAGGCGACUCGAAUGGAUGCACCUUCUACAUUCUGCGUCGUAACCUUAGCCGGCGAACGUGCGACAUACUUGGAUUACGCGUAUGUCGUCGAGCGUGCGACAGCCCCAGAAAUUCUGACGAAGUUAGAAUGGUCAUGGGGCAUGCAGUACCAGACGUUCAAUGUUCAUACGGAGUUCAAUAUUCAUCCCCUUGACGUAGGCCUGCACAGGUUCUUUGACCGCAAAGGGCACAACGGGUGGUUUUGGCUUCCAGUCCUGGACGACGUGAUCCGCCAAAUGUGUCGAGCCUAUACGGGCAUCACAACCUCUGGUGCGACUCCGAACCACCUCAACGCACGUCGCAAACCCCAGGAGUUCUAUCUCGGCAACAAAAACCACCCCUACAGGCUAAUCCCCUGCCCUGCCAUGGACGGAACUUGUCCGAUCAGUGUAUUCCCCGACGUCGUCUCCAAAUGUGACCCGCAUACUCCGAUGGAGGACCACUACUAUCCCUUCGACAUUCUGCCAACUAGAUCUCUCCAUGUUCCGUACCAUCUCGUCAUCUGCAACACCGGGCGAAAGCUGUUCGGAUUCUACGAAGGUCGCCGCCCCACCGAAGUCCAACUCGAACACGAUUUCCCCAGUCUUGCCCCUAAGGAUCGCCGGACAGUGCUCGAUGUCUGGGACAUCUACGAUGCGUGGAUGCACGCCGUACCGACUACCGAGUGGCAGGACGGUCCAGUCGGUGACGGCGGCGAUGAUGAUGCUAUCCAUUGAUAAGUGGCACUGUAGGCCUGAACGGCCUAUGUCGCCGCUGUCUACUUGAUAAAAGGGCUCUGAGGGUGUGUAAGUAGUACGCAAGUAUAUGUAUAGUACGAGAUACCAAGGAGGUAGGGUGCGUGCCCGGGAGGAGCCGGGGAGGCCUAGCGGCCUCUAGCUCUAUAUAUAAUGGUCAAGACGAUGAGCGAGCAGCAAGUAUUUACGGUAUCAGAGGUGGUCUGCGACGUGUAGUAGUAAGAGAGUAUGUAUUACUAUUAGAUAGCAUUAUUCUUGGGGAGUUAACGGGGGAAUCGCUGGGUCGUAUGUUGUGGG